UCUUAACUCUUUAAAAUGAUCUUCUCUAAUAAGCCUUUAAUACAUAUAAAGCUUUUUCAUCUAACUCCACAGGAUGCACACGAGGAGCAUGACUCCGCAGCUGACAAUGCAGAUGAUUCUAACCACGAUCCACAGUUUGAGCCCAUAGUUUCUCUUCCGGAGCAAGAGAUCAAAACUCUUGAGGAAGAUGAGGAAGAACUCUUCAAGAUGCGGGCAAAGCUUUUCCGAUUUGCAUCAGAAAAUGACCUUCCGGAAUGGAAAGAACGUGGUACUGGUGAUGUAAAACUCCUGAAGCACAAAGAAAAGGGGACCAUUCGCCUCUUAAUGAGGAGAGAUAAAACUCUAAAAAUCUGUGCUAAUCAUUACAUAACACCUUUAAUGGAGUUGAAGCCCAACGCUGGCAGUGACAGGGCCUGGGUGUGGAAUACACAUGCUGAUUUUGCAGACGAGAGUCCUAAACCAGAACUUCUGGCAAUUCGGUUUUUAAAUGCAGAAAACGCACAGAAAUUCAAAGCAAAAUUUGAAGAAUGUAGGAGUGAAGUUGAUAAAAAGGGGAAGAAAGCAGAAACAGACAAAAACGAUAGCGCUGAUAAAAUUGCUGAAAAAUUAGAAGACCUUUCUGUAAAGGAAGAGAGCAAAGAAUUGGACAAGAAAGAAGUCAAGGAAAAAACUGAAGAAAAGCAAUAAAUCAUUUUGGGCCUUGUGUUUUCCUUUUUCUUAUUUUUUUUUUCUUAAUUUUUACAAGGGACUUUAUAAAGAACUGUAUUCUGAUGUUCAAUUUUUUUUCUAAACUUUUGCCCUUUUGGAAGAGUUCUUCAGAAAAAUUCCAUUCCCCAGUCAUGAAAAUGUACUGUGCUAAACUUUCUUUUCCAUAGUGGAAAUACUUAUUUAUAGUCAUCCAAGAGAGUGAAUAAAUAAAGCUUUGGAAAUGGUAUGAAAAGGACAGGGUUUUCUAUAUACUUCAGACGUAUGGCUGCCAUUUUUACCUUGGGUUAUAUGUUUGGGUGCGUAUUUUAGGUGAGGUAUAGUGUAACUGAAUUAUACCAAUAGAAAAAGAGUAAUGAAGAUGUUUCUUAUGCGUUGUGGCUGAACGUUGUAAUGACUGAAACAAGAAAUUUUAUGCUAAGGUUCCUUUUCUUGUAUUUGGGGUUUGAGUGACCUUGAGUGUCCUUGUGCAGCUUUAUUAAAGAAAACGGCAUGUCCCUUAGAAUCUAAUGUCAUCCCACAAUGGCCUGUUAUGUAUUUCAAAAUACUGUGGUUCCUUUUGGUCAAAUGUGGUGAUGCAGCAAGGCAGAAUAUAUGUUUUCAAUUGCAGCAGAAAUUGAGAGAUGUUCAGUGAUGCAACUUUUAAAACUGCUUCGAAAGCCUUUCUCUGCAGAGCAAAAACCUUACCUGCAAAUCUUUACAGGCUCUUCUGUGUAGGUGGGACAAAAGUCCAGUUCUUCUGUCUGGCUAUCUUUAAAAUUUUCAGUAUAAACUCACCAUUUAGGUAUUAAGACAUGUAAUACAUUUUCUGUUACUUUACUGUCUUGAUAUAACAUUUUCAUAGUGCUUUCUGGGGAAAUAGGGGCAAAAUCACCUUUUUAAAGAUAACUUUUGGUUGUGAGAAAACCACAUUUCUUAACACCACGUGAGAAAAAGCACCAGUGCUUGAAUUUGCGUCCAUUAGUUGAGGACGUGGUUCACUUGUCUAACAAUAAACUUUUGGGUAACAAAUGUUUCACAGUGGGCUCCCUCCUCAUUGCCACUGAUACUUGAAAGAUUAUUCUGUUAACAUUCACAGCACAGGUCGUAUUUAAUCUUCACCAGAGACCAAAAAUAUUUGUAUGAUGAGCUCCUGCGUCCAUAUACACAGAUUAUGCUCACCCAACAAAGUAUAUUGUCACUUGGCAGUUCUCAUGGCAAAGUGGAUUAUAAUUGGUCCUCAGAAAUGGAGGAAAAGAGAGGGUUUUUUUACAUAUAACUCAGGCUUCCUCAGUGUGUAUAUGUACUGCAACCUGUCUUAGUGUGAGUCUCUCUUUGACCUAUUUCUCUUGACUCUACAAUUCUCCCCAAACGUAAUGCAAGUUAUCUGUCAUACAUAUACGUUGAGAAGGCCUGAUGCAGUGUCUUUAAAGAUCCAACUUCCCCAUGACAGCCUAUACUGUUAUGUUGAGAGUGUGACUCUAAAACAUUCCUUUUCCUCUUGCUUGAAAUGGUAUGCACAGCGGGCUUUUUUUAAUUAUUAUUAUUAAAAGCUUUCCUUGUUCAGUUAAACAGCAGAACUGUCAUGUAAUACAUUUUGAACUCAUCCUUGACCUUUCUCUGGAAUUUUUAAGUAUUUCCUUGAUUCUCCUCUCUCUUUCGUGCCAAUCAUUACAUUUUUAUGGACGUAUUUGUUUCUUCCUGUAGUGUUUUUUGCAUUACUAUACUCUGAGCAAGGCAAGACUGCGAGGGUAGGGAGAUGCAGAAAUACCUCAACUGGUCCCAAGGAUGUGUCAGUAUAUUCAACAGUAAGGUAAAAGGGCAUUGAACUCUAUUUUCAGAUUAAAAUCACUAUAAAUGGAUUUUGGUUUUAAGUUGUCAAAAAGAGGCACUGUUCACCAAGCUAACUUUGAAAUAAAUUUAAACUUCAUCCUUA